AUGGGCAACGGCAACCCGCGGCUCGUGGACCGCCUGUCCAAGAUCGCCAACGACGCUAUGAACCGGAUCCAGGAGGGACGUCCGAAGAAGACGAUGGCCCACCCUACCAAGGGAGACGCCCUCGACGUAGGGACGAGCAUGAGGACGAUCAACCCUACCGUCCGGUCGAACCGGGUCACAAACUCACGGCCCCGACGUUUGCCGGAAAAGUUGAUCCGGAGGCAUAUCUCGACUGGGAANAAGUCGCAGGUUUUAGCCGAUUUUAUCAAUGAGCUCUCUCCAGAGCUCGGAGAUCCUACUCCCAAGGAAGAGUAUUGGACGAUGUUCGUCGAUGGUUCAUCGUCUAAUCAGAUAUCCGACGUGGGACUCAUUCUCCGAUCUCCUCAGGGCGAAGUUCUUGAACAAGCGUUGAAGCUCAAUUUCAAAGCGUCUAAUAAUGAGACGGAGUACGAAGCCGUCCUCGCAGGACUUUGGUUAGCGCGAGGACAAAGGGUGAAACACUUGCAAGUUUUCUGCGAUUCCCAGUUGGUGGUCAGUCAGUUCAGUGCCCAAUUUGAAGCUAAGAAUGAGCGAAUGGGAGCAUACCGCCAGUUAGUCCGGACGUUGUCGGAGGACUUCACUUCUUUUUCCCAAACAAAGGUCCCGCGAAGCGAGAACGCGCCUGUCGAUGCCCUCGCAUCAUUGGAAAAUUGCACAGAUCCAGAUCUGCGAUGCAGGAGUUGGCAGGACAAAAUCAAGCUCUACUUCUCCGAAGGAGUUGUCCUGCCGGAUCGAUGGGCAGCCCGGCGUCUAAAAGCCCGAAGCGCUAGGUACAUUCUGUUGGAUGGAAAUUUAUACCGAAGGAGUUCGUCCAGAGUAUUCCUUACCUGUGUUAGUCGAGAAGAAGCCGAGCGAAUCAUGAUGGACGUACACGAAGGCGACGGUGGUAAUCACUCCGCCGGACGGGCUCUUGCUUUGAAGAUCAAGAAGGAUGGUCAUUACUGGCCAACUAUGGUUGCCGAUUGCGAAGCUUUUUCGGCGAAGUGUGAGGCUUGCCAACAUCACGGGCCAAUGCGACACGUCCCACCCGAACUGCUAAGCACUGUUACGGCUCCGUAUCCUUUCAAGUGUUGGGCCAUGGAUCUCGUAGGCCCUUUGCCACCUUCGAGAUCCAAGAAGUUCAUCCUGUUCACUUCGCUCAUUACUAGGCGUUCCUUGUAUAAGUGGCAAAUUCGCCUAAGUACAUCAACUCCCCGAUAUCCUCAAGGGAACGGUCAAGCCGAGGCGACGAACAAAUCGAUUGUUGAUGGGCUGAAGAAACGACUUGGUCGGAGGAAAGGCGCGUGGGAAGAUUAUCUUGAUGGUGUACUAUGGUCUUACCGAACAACCCCCCGCCGAUCUACAGGACAAUCCCCUUUUGCUCUGGCAUAUGGGAUUGAGGCACUCUCCCCGGCAGAAGCAGGUGUCCCGACACUCCGUCGAACCAUGAUGGUCGAUAAUCCCGACCUAAAUAAUAACAUUCUGAUUGAUCAUAUCGACUUCACUGAAGAUUUACGUGACUAG